CCUGAGCCUCUGACCAAGGAGGGACGAGGCUUCCCACAGAACAGACCGAAAGACAAAACGGCAGGAGCCAGGGAGAUGCCAGAAGCACAGCUGUACCCAGGUAAAAUGAAUAAAAUAAGGAAGUCAUCUUCCAUAAAGAAGGAGAGUGAAAUAAGGAAACCAGGGCAGGAAACCUCAGCAGAGAAGAAGGUGGUGGCAGAAAACGAAUCUAAGCUAAUGAAGAAAGCAUCAUCAAAAGCAACCAAUGACUGGAAGAAGAUAAUGGCAGCAAAGGCCGCAGCGAAAACAAUCGCCGCCAUGACAAGGGAACAACUAUCAAAGCACCAAAGCGAGUGGGGGGAGCCUACCGCGCAGGAGAUGGCCACGUUUCUGAAAAAGUACCCAGAUGCCCUGAUGCGCAAGGACCUGACUUUCUUAUCUCCAGCCGAGGCAAAGCGCUACUUGCUUUUUGUGGAACCCAAGAGGGCUGGCUCCACAGACGUGCUCAGCAGUGAUUCGGUUGAUAGCGUCAGCAGCAGUCAAGGCUGCAGGCGGUGGGAGCUUCCUGAGGAGCCAGAAACGGAACAGCAGAACCGCCUUAUUGGGGUGCUGAAGGCUUCUGAGGCUCGAAGUCGAGUCCGAGCGCUACGACUCCGAUAUACGCGGAUGAGGGCUGAGGAGAUAAAGCACCUGAUUAGCAGGCAGAAAACAGCCCGGGCAGCAAUCCGACUUGAACUAUUCCUGCCCCCUCAUCUGAACCCCACGAAGAUCCCGGACUGUCUGGACAGACGUGAGAGGCAUCGUGUAGAAGCCAUCCUGCAAGAAGACAACAUCCAUCCACUGUUCAGAUGAUUUGGAGGAGUCAGCUGGGGAUCAUUUUCCCUACACUUCAAGCUCUGGACCAAAAAGAAAAAGAAAAAAAAUGAGAG